CAUGAAACAAGUCUUAUCUACUCUCCGAAUGGAAAAUGGCUCGCCACGGCAUCUCAUGACUCCACUAUCAUCUUGUGGGACUCAGACGGCGGACAACCGCUCUAUGAAUGGGUGCCACACGGUGGAUCCGUCAAGUCACUCGCAUUCUCUCCUGAUAGUCGGUAUGUCGUAUCCGCCGGCAUCUGGAAAAACAGCCUUUGCGAAUUGACACUAAUUAUCACUAUUCAGAUAAUCUCAUCUAUAUUAGCAAGUAUGGGCGAGAACAGAAGUCUUGCAAUAUGGGACGUCAGUCGAGGUGCCCGAAAGGUGGCAACCCUCGAAGGGCACACCAAGGAAGUGACAAGCUGUGCCAGGUCGCCCGACGGCGCUCUGAUCGCGUCCGUGUCUAGCCGGGAGGCAAAUGUGCGGCUUUGGGACCCUCGGACAUACCGGCUACUUCAUCUGCGAAUUGCCGAACAAAGCACAUGUCUCGCCACUGGGCGUGACUCGGGUAGGGUUCGGAUCUGGGACAUACAGACGGAGGAGUACCUCUUCACCUUGGAUAGGCACACGGACGAAGUUCUCGAUCUAGCAUUCUCACCCGAUGGGACGAGUCUGCUGUCAGCAUCGAAGGACAAGACAGUGAAGAUAUGGGAUGCAUCCAGCGGCGCCGUGAUCCUAUCGCUUAAAGGACACACCAAGGGCAUCACAGCAGCAUGCUUCUCUCCGUGCGGGAAGUACGUUGCGUCGGCAUCACGCGACAAGAAGGUGCGGCUGUGGAAGAGGGACGACGGAUCGUGUGUGGAGACGUUCUCGAAGCACGAGGCUUGUGUCAGGCACGUAGCGUUCUCCCCGGAUGGAGAAAUUCUAUCGUAUGGAGUGGAUGAUGGAACAGUC